AUGCCGUCCCUGCUGGUGGCAACUGCGCCCGUCUGGGCUCUGCCAAUGCCUGGCGCUGGCCUCGGCCACACGACUGCACCGAACUGUCGCCCGAUUGGUCAGAUCUACGCAUCUGGAAUCGAGCUCUGCGAGAAGAUGUGGGGCACGGCAUUCCGAUACGAACGCAACGAAAGCCUGGCCUACAGCAUGUGGUUUUUCGAUACUGACAACCCAAACGACAAGGUGUCGUCGCGGCUGGGUAAAGGUGAUGUCACAUCCUGCCACCUGAAAGGCAAGAAGGAGGGUCCCGCGCCUAUGGCGCCCACCUUGGCCGAGUGCCAUCCUUGGAGGACCAGCGCCUGCUGUUCGCAGAGCGAGGUGGCCUCUCUGGCGAAGCUGAAGCAAAGGCUUGGCCGGCAGUUCCAGUGGGACCGGUGCGGCCCACUGUCUCAGGAGUGUGAAAGGUUUCUUCGUGCAGGAGGCGUGCUUCUACGAGUGCGACCCCAACGCGGGCCUCUACCGCAAGUACAACGCCAGCGCCUACGACCCCCGGUGCGAUGUUGA